AAUUUUGGACUUGACAGUUGACUUUCGUUUCGUUUUCCGUCGAGUUGAGUUGGCUAUUUUUUUAGUUUUUUGUGCCAAUUUCUCUUCAGAGUGUAUUAAAGUCAUAAGAAAAUAGUCUCACUAACAUGUCCAAGAAACGAGGAAAUAAGAAAAAUCUUGAUUUAGACGAUGACUUUGACGAUAAGAAAAAAAAUAGUCUUGCUGAUACCCAUGAGGUAACCUCUAAAAGUAAGGGCAAAGCUAAGAAAAAGGGAAAAGGCAAGUCAGAUGACUGGUCUGAUAGUGAAGAACAAUCGAAGAAGGAAGUAGGUAAGCAGAUGCCAGUGUCUGAUGAUGACGACGUGCCUAAACCAGCUUCUAAGAAAUCACAGAAGAAAGUUAAAAAUAAAAAGAAGGGAAAUGAUUCAUCUGAUGAUGAAUUUGAUGAUACCAAGUCAGAGGUCAGCAAUGCUACCAGCACAGCAUCAAAGUCUGUUAAAUCUAACAAGAAGAAAAAAGGUAAAGGUAAAAAAGAUGAUGAUUGGUCUGAUGAAGGUAGCGAUGUAGAACUUAAAGAAGUCUCAGAAGAGGAAAUUGCCAAGCCAGUAACCAAAAAGAAAGCAAAGAACAAAAAGAAGACAGUAGAGUUGUCUGACGAUGAAGAGGAUGACAAGGUUGUACUCAGUGAUGCUUCAAGUGAACCUGCAAAGCCUGUAACUAAAUCUAGUAAAAAAAAUAAAGGUAAAGGAAAAAAAGAUGAUCUGUCAGAUGACCAUAAUAGUGAUGAAGAAUUAAAUGUUGAGACUUCUGAUCAUGAAGAAGUCAUACCAGAACCAGUUACUAAACAUAAAGAUUUUUUUACAGAGAAACACAAAAAAGGUAAAGCCGAUGAGGUUGAUGAUGUCGAGGAAGAGAUCAAGAGGUUGAACCUCAAGGAGACUCUGCCGGACAUGACGCCCGUCAUCAGCGAGGAAGCUGAAGAUAAAGGCUCCAAAGAUGCUAAGUCCGAAAAAGCGGAGUCAGGCGAAAAAAAGAUGACACACAAAGAGAAGAAAAAGCUGAAGAAACAGCAAGAGUAUGAGAAGCAGAUGGAGCUGAUGACCAAGAAGGGCGGGCAGGGGCACAGCGACCUGGACUCCAAUUUCACCGUCAGCCAGGCGCAGAAGUCUGCUGGACAAAUGGCGGCGCUAGAGAACGCGGUGGACAUCAAGGUGGAGAACUUCACGAUAAGCGCGAAGGGGCAGGACCUGUUCGUGAACGCCAACCUGCUGAUCGCCAACGGCCGGCGCUACGGGCUCGUCGGGCCCAACGGGCACGGGAAGACCACGCUGCUCAGGCAUCUGGUGCAACGUGCGUUCCCGCUGCCGCCGCACAUCGACAUCCUGCUGUGCGAGCAGGAGGUGACGGCCAGCGACCAGAGCGCCGUGCACACCAUCCUCGAGGCCGACGUCAAGAGAACCGAACUAAUGAAGGAGUGCAAAGAACUUGAGACUGAAGUAGAAAAUGGAAACAUGAAGGUGCAGGAGAGAUUAAACGAGGUAUACUCGGAGCUGAAGGCGAUCGGCGCGGACUCAGCCGAGCCGCGCGCGCGCCGCAUCCUGGCGGGUCUGGGCUUCAGCAAGGAGAUGCAGGACCGCGCCACCAAGAACUUCUCCGGGGGCUGGCGGAUGAGGGUGUCUCUUGCCAGAGCGCUGUACAUCGAGCCCACUCUGCUGCUGCUCGACGAACCUACCAACCAUUUAGAUUUGAACGCCGUCAUUUGGUUAGAUAACUACCUUCAAGGCUGGAAGAAAACUCUCCUAGUCGUGUCCCACGACCAGUCGUUCUUAGACAACGUGUGCAACGAGAUCAUCCACCUCGACCAGCAGAAGCUGUUCUACUACAAGGGCAACUACAGCAUGUUCAAGAAGAUGUUGGCGCAGAAGAGAAAGGAACAGCACAAGGAGUAUGAGAAACAGGAGAAGAGAUUGAAGGAGCUGAAGGCGCACGGGCAGUCGAAGAAGCAGGCUGAAAAGAAGCAAAAGGAAGCUUUAACCCGCAAGCAGGAGAAGAACCGCAGUAAAUCUCAGAAGGAAGACUCUGAAGACGCGGCGCCGGCGAGCCUGCUGCAGCGGCCCAAGGAGUACGCCGUCAAGUUCUCCUUCCCCGACCCGCCGCCCCUGCAGCCGCCCAUCCUCGGCCUGCACAACGUAUACUUCAACUUCCCGACCCAGAAGCCUCUAUUCAUCGGCGUGGACUUCGGUAUCGACCUGAGCUCCCGUAUCGCCAUCGUGGGGCCCAACGGGGUCGGCAAGUCCACCUUCCUCAAGCUGCUUGUCGGAGAUCUGAGCCCGGUGAAGGGAGAGCUCAUCAGAAAUCAUAGGCUGAGGAUAGGUCGCUUCGACCAGCACUCCGGUGAGCACCUGACAGCCGAGGAGUCUCCAGUGGAAUACCUGCAGCGUCUCUUCGGGCUGCAGUAUGAGAAGGCGCGUAAAGCUCUAGGCACGUUCGGGCUCGCCAGCCACGCGCACACCAUCAAGAUGAAGGAUUUAAGCGGAGGACAGAAGGCUAGAGUUGCGCUGGCUGAGCUGACGCUUAUGGCGCCUGAUGUUGUCAUUUUGGACGAGCCGACCAACAACCUGGACAUCGAGAGCAUCGACGCGCUGGCGGAGGCCAUCAACGAGUACAAGGGCGGCGUCAUCAUCGUGUCCCACGACGAGCGCCUCAUCCGCGAGACCGACUGCACGCUGUACGUCAUCGAGGACCAGACUAUUAAUGAGGUGGACGGAGACUUCGACGACUACCGCAAGGAGCUGCUGGAGAGCCUCGGCGAGACCAUCAACUCGCCCUCCAUCAUCGCCAACGCCGCCAUCAUGCAGUAAACACACAACUACCCCCCACACGGUCAGUCAAUAAGGAACGUAACUGUCUGAGACGACUUUGUUUAUUUGCCAUCUCACUUGCACUUUUGCACGAUAAGCUUCAUAAGUAGCUAUACACUUCUGUACCUUGUCAAGCUGACGAAUCGUCAAAGUUUCAAUGAAUGAAUCGGCAGUUUGUGAAUUUGACAAGGUACAAAAGUGUAUAGCUACAUAUGCAGCUGACUGUACGUGUGAAUGAGUGCGGAUGAGAGGUGGAUUAGAAGUCGCUGUGGACAGUUAUUUUGUUUAAUGAUUCUGGUAGUGUAGUUGGGAACACUAAAGAGCAAUAAAGUAUUUAAUCUGAUUAUUAUGUAUUAAUAUAGAUAAAAUGUCGUUGAAUAACAACUUUAUGGUAAAAGAGUUAACGUCUAGCUAUAUCAUCGAAUCUAUAAAUAUUAUGUUACUUGAUUUACAUAACUAAAAAGCAAAUGAAACUAAAAUGGAAAAUAAUCGCAAUGCUCUAGCAUCGUGGUGGCUAAUAACACCCUUACUUGUGGAAACAUUCCCCUGGUGGCCGCGGUAAGAACUAAAAUCGUACGUAAUGUUGUCUAUGAACCAACAAAGAUGGCGUCAGUUGUUCCAGCAAGUAAUUUCUAAAACAUCGUACUGAAGCGAAAAUUUAAUGAAAAAGUUACUCAUUUGGCAAUUUACAAAACAUAACCAAAAAAUAUGAUUCCAUACUUAGAAAAUUCAUGUUUUCUUUUUUAAUACGAAUCCUUUACUACAUUUUGUGUGAUCUGAUCACCAAGUGCCUGUAAAAAUGAGUAAUAAAAUGUGAAUAAAUUAUUUAUUUUAUUUUAAAAGUGUUUCCAAUGUAAUAUUGUGUUGUCCUCUUAGUCUCUGAAAAUUUGUAAAUACAAAAAAAACACUAUUUGCUUCGUCCGAACCUUUUCUCCCGUGUGUCGUAGAAAUAUUGAAAAUAAAAACAAAUAAAAAUGAUUCCAUUACGCUUGGUGCUUAAGUUAAUCGAAAGGUCCCAAGAUCGAUAAAUUAAUAUUUUGUAUUAUAAUACUGUUAGCGUUAACUUGUAUUUUAAUAAAUGCAUUUUGUUAUAUAACAGA